AUGACAGAAAGUGGUGAUAUCGAUUGCUAUCCUGGACAAGUCCAAUACUUUUUUACACAUGCCGUUAAUUUGCCAGAUGGGUUAUCCGAACAUAAUCUAGCAUUUAUUCGCUGGUAUAAACCUGCAGAAUCAUCAAAUAUUCGGUAUCAUUUCAGAGUUAGAGAUGACGAAAUAUGCAAUGUUGAAUUAUGGUGUACUGAUAAUUAUUUAUUGUGUUUAUUAUAUGAUCAGAUUGAUCUGACCGUUGAAAAACUGAUGAAAAAACCUCGAAUUCUAAAAAUUAAAAGAGUUCAAAAAUGUAAAACAACAACAAGUAUGCCUCCAGUGGAUAUACAAAAUUGGUGUCUGACCGAUGAGACUCUUAAAAGAUUUAAUCGUUCAACAAAUGAAAUUCCAACAUAUAAUUAUAAUACUGAUCAAGAUGAAGAAAAUGACGAAUAUCAUAACGAUGAAUAUGAAAAUAAAAAAGAAAAAAUUAAAAAAACAAAAAAAGCAAAAAAAAGGAGUAAAAAAAUAUAAAAAUAAUUAAAUAUUAUGAUUAAAUACUUUUAUUAGGUUAUUCUUAUCAAUUGGCAUUUAUACAAAUUGAUUAAAAUAAAGUUGUAUGUAAGAUUAAUUUGAACAUUCAAUCCAAUUAAUUUUAAAAUAAAAUAUGUAUAUUUUU